AUGAAUCAACUUAAAGACCCUAAAUCGGAUCUUUCAAUAACAAUAAAUACUGCAACAGAAAUUUAUACUCUCAAAAAACCAUUUCUUAUUAAAUAUUGCGAAAAUAAAAAAUUAAAAUCAACAGGUACAACUAGUGAAUUAAGAGCUAGACUUAGUAGAUACUUAAAAGGCACCAUAACAUUAGACGACAUAGAUAACAAAUUAAGCAAAGAAGAAUGCGAUUUAAUUUUAAUCAAAGCAAAAACUAAUAAAAUCGAUUUUAAAAAAUUAGAAAAAGAAGCAGGAAUACUCGAUUCGAGCGAUUCAAGCACUGACACAAAUACAAUUAAUAAAUUAACUUCAGACAGCUUUUCAGAAGUAUCAAAAGAUAAUUUAAAAUUAUACGAUAAUCUUAAUGCCAGUACAAGCUCAUUUGUGAAUAAAACAAAAAAUAUUCUAGAAAAUUCAGAUAUAACUUACCAAAAUUGUCAAAAAGAAAGUUCUGAUACUUAUGAAAAUAUAUUAAAAAAUCUUAAGAUUAAUGAUACUUCUAAUAAUAUUUAUGAGGAAUUAAAAUUAAAUACUCAACCAGAAAAUUGUGAGAUUAUUGAAAAUAAAUUAAUAAAUCUUAAUAAUUCAACAACUAUUGAUUCUAAUAACACAAGGGAAAAACCAAAAUUCAAAAACGAAAAUACAGCAAUAAAUAAUCAAAAAGGAGAUAACGUAAACUCUGAAAUUCAUUCUACUCCAUUAAACAAACAAACACAGAAAAUGACAGAAAAAAUUCUAAUGAUUAGACCAGACCAGUUCUCAGGUAAUGAGGACGUAAGAAAAUAUUUCAAGCAAUACGAAAAAGCAGCAGAUGUAAACGGUUGGAAGGACGAAGAUAAACCACCAUACAGAACACCCCCAAUUCAAAGAGAAAAAUUGAAGAAAUUAAUCAAUAAAAUGAUAGAAGCCGACAUUAUCGAACCAAGCCGAAGUAAUUACGCGGCACCAGUAUUUUUAAUUCCGAAAAAGGAGAAAGGCGAAUACAGAUUUCUAGUAGAUUAUAGGAAAUUAAACAAUGAAACAAUUAGUGACAAACACCCUAUACCUAGAUCACAAGACCUUUUUAGAAGCUUAGAGGGAGCAAAAUACUACAGUUCUAUCGACCUUUGCCAAGGUUAUUUUCAGAUUCCGGUAAAAAGGGAAGACCAAGAUAAGACAGCCUUUAUCACGGAUUUCGGUCUAUACAAUUUUAAACGAAUACCUCAAGGUUUCAAAAACUCGGGCCCGAUCUUUCAAAGAGUUAUCAACAAUUUAUUUAGUGAUUUUUUAUAUAGAACAAUGAUAGCAUACUUGGACGAUAUAUGUUGUUACGGAAACGACUUUGAAGAAGCAUUAUACAGACUAGAAGAAAUAUUUAAAAGACUAGACGAAGCCGGAUUAAAAUUAAAAACUAGCAAAUGCGUACUAUUAGGUACCGAAAUAGAAUUAUUAGGGCAUAAAGUAUCAAAUAAAGGACUAACACCGUUAGAGAAAAAUAUAAAGGCGAUAAAACAUUUUCCAAUACCCACCAAAAUUAAAGACGUAAGAGCUUUUAUAGGACUAACUAGUUAUUACAGGAAAUAUAUUAAACAUUUUGCGAAAAUUGCUACUCCACUCACCGAUCUAACAAAAAAGGAAAAUAAAUUUCAUUGGGACAGCUCUCAAGAUAAUGCAUUUAAUAUAUUAAAAAAUGCCAUAAUAACGGCCCCCGUACUAGCUCAUUUUGAGGACGAACACCAAGUUUUCGUAACCACGGACGCAUCACUAGAAGGACUCUCGGGAAUUUUAGAACAAAACGACAAAGAUGGGAAACGACACCCUAUAGCUUUCGCUUCGAGGAAAUUAAAAGGAUGUGAAAGGAACUUCACUACCACUGAAUUAGAAAUGUCAGCAGUUGUUUUCGCAGUGAACUAUUUUAAAGAAUAUUUGUUAGGCAGAAAAGAAAUCGGUGUAUCUUCAUUAUUACCCAUUGUUGUACUGUGUUUUGUUAUUUGGAUUCAAGUAAUGUUAGGACAAAAACUUAGAGAGCAGCGGAAGAAGACAGCUAAAAGAACUGACGAAAGAAUACGUUUAAUGAAUGAAAUAAUUUCUGGCAUAAAAGUAUGCCAUAAUUUUUAUUAUAUAUUUGGACCAACUACGUUUAAGUUGUUAAUAUCAGAUGUUGAUAAAAAAGUACAACGGCCUCAGCAUCCAAGGGAAUAUGCAAAUAUUUUUGAAAUCAUUUCAUACAGCUGGAUGUUAAAUCUGUUCAAAACAGGACGAAAAAGAGAUUUAGAUGAAGAUGAUUUGUAUAAGACAUUAAGCGAUCACACUUCAUCAUUAUUGGGAAACGAAUUAGAGAAUAUAUGGAAUUUAGAAUUGGCAAGUGCAUUUAAGAGGGAGCAAAAACCCAGCUUGACGAGAGCCUUGAUUCGAAUGUCUGCUGCUCGAUAUAUGUUUUAUGGAUUUUUACUGUUCGUUGAUAAAAUUAUAUUGAAAAUGUCUCAACCGCUAUUUAUUGGAGGAAUAUUAGCGUAUUUCAACCCAGUUGGUUCCGAAAAGGCUGACUUAGGAUAUGCAUACAUGUGUGCAUUUGGCCUAGUGUUUAGCAUGUUCACUUCGAUGGUCUUGCAAAAUGUAACACUGAUAGAAAUAUUACACUGCGGUAUGAAAAUGCGAAUCGCUUGCUGUUCGAUGAUAUUUAGAAAAUCGCUACGUCUGAGUAACACUGCUAUUGGUGAAACCACUGUCGGUCAAGUGGUAAAUUUAUUAUCCAAUGAUGUAAAUCGGUUCGAUAGAGCCUCGACAUUUCUUCACUACUUAUGGAUCGGUCCUCUACAGUCAAUUGUGGUCACAUAUUUUUUGUGGCAAGAAAUAGGCGUAUCUUCAUUAUUGAGCAUUGCUGUCAUGAUUCUAAUAAUUCCAUUUCAAGGAUGGCUUGGGAAAAAAAUUUCCGAAAAUCGACUGAAAACUGCCAAAACAACCGACGAGAGAAUACGUUUAAUGAAUGAAAUCAUUUCUGGCAUUAAAGUAAUUAAAAUGUACACUUGGGAAAAUUUAUUUUCAAAAUGUGUAAAAUAUAUAAGAAAAAAAGAAAUUGAACAUGUAAAAAUAUCAUCAUACAUCAGAGAUACAUUGACGUCGUUAGCAAUAAUUCAAACAAGAUUUCAACUAUUCAUUAGUAUUUUGUCAUACGUACUACUAGGAAAUUAUAUUACCGUACAAAAAAUUUUUGUCAUAACCACAUACUUCAGUAUAUUAAUGCCCACAAUGACAUUUUUCUUUUGUCAAGGUCUGGGACAAAUUUCAGAAUUGAAAGUUUCAAUAAACCGCAUACAGAAUUUUUUAUUGCACGAAGAAAAAGAUGAUCGUAUUAUUAUACCAACGCGUCCAAAGCCUUCUAUUUCCGAAAAACCAAUGAUGACAAGUCAUAACGAAAUAACAGAGCCUGAUAAUAAUAGUACCAACAUAAAAGAUGACAUCGGGAGUUUAAAUCAUUUUUGUAUGGUCAUUUCGAAAGCUACAGCUAAAUGGACAGACAAUCAAACCAGCAAUUCUUUAGAAAACAUAUCACUGACUGUAAGACCUGGUAGCUUGGUCGCAAUCGUUGGUACCGUAGGAUCGGGAAAAAGUUCUUUAAUUCAAGCAAUUUUACGAGAAUUGCCACUUUCUGAUGGUGCCAUACAUGUGCGAGGUGUCAUUUCUUACGCGUCACAAGAACCGUGGAUAUUCGCUGGAUCUGUUCAACAGAAUAUUGUGUUCGAUUCACCAAUGGAUAAGGAUCGUUAUAAACAAGUAAUACAAGUAUGUACAUUGCAAACUGAUUUUGAACAGUUUCCGUACGGCGAUAAAACAAUCGUGGGAGAAAGAGGAGUUACUCUAAGUGGUGGACAAAGAGUUAGAAUAAAUUUAGCCAGAGCUUUAUACAAACAAGCGGAUAUUUAUUUAUUGGAUAACCCUCUUUCAGCUGUUGACGCGAACGUUGGAAGUCAUUUAUUUGAAAUAGGCAUAAAAGGGUUCCUUAAAGAAAAAACUUGUAUUCUUGUUACUCAUCGAUUGCAGUGUUUAGCCGAUAUGGAUCAAAUUGUGGUCAUGGAAAAUGCAAAAAUAUUAGCAAAGGGUACAUAUGAAGAACUUCAGGCGUCUAAUAUAGACUUAACAAAUCAUAUUCAAUCUUUAAAGUUACCAAAUAAUGAAUAUGCCAUUAGUAAUGAAAGCAUUUCAAGUUCUGAACAAAAGUCUACUUAUGCGUCUGUGGAAAGUAUCAAAUUUUCCACUAGAGAAAGUAAUUACAGUGAAAAUACAGCAGAGCCCACUGGAAUGAUUGAGCCCCGAACUUAUGGAACUGUUUCAUAUGCCGUUUAUUUAUUAUAUUUUUUGGCUGGUGGAAAGAAGUUCAAAAUAUUGUUCUUUAUUUUUAUCUGUAUUCUCACUCAAUUAUUGUCUUCUGUGGGAGAUUUCUGGAUAACUUAUUGGGUCAACUUAGAAGAACAUGUUUUUCAAAAUGAAAGUAGCGUGUCUACAUCAAUACUUGAUGAUUCAUUGAGUAAUAUUUGGUGGAUGACAAUUUCUCGACAGACCUGUAUAAAUGUUUUUGGAUGUAUCACACUUUUCUUGAUUAUAAUUACGACCAUCAGAUUAAUUACAUUUGUAUCGAUUAGUAUGAGUGCUUCUAUACAUUUACACAAUAAUAUGUUCAAUACUUUAAUCAGAGCAACGAUAUACUUCUUUAAUACAAAUUUAUCAGGUUCUAUCCUUAACCGUUUUUCAAAGGACAUGGGAACUAUUGAUGAGAUGUUACCUGUAUCAUUGUUAGAUUGUAUACACAAUGGAUUGAACCUAUUGGGAGUAUUGACAGUUGUUGGAAUUAUAAAUAUAUAUCUUAUGAUUCCAGCUAUCAUAUUAUCAGUUAUUUUUUACAAAAUCACCGUUUUUUAUUUGUCAUUAUCACGGAGUGUUAAACGAUUGGAAGCAAGUACACGUAGUCCUGCAUUCACUCAUUUGAAUGCAACUAUUCAAGGUUUAACGACAAUAAGGGCAUUUAAAGCUGAAAAUAUAUUGUCAAAAGAAUUUGAUAAUCACCAGGACUUACAUUCGUCGGCGUGGUAUUUAUUUAUAACAUCAAGUAGAGCGUUUGCCUUUUGGUUGGAUUUAAUUUGCUUUAUAUAUACAAGCAUAGUUACAUUUAGCUUCAUAGUAAUCAGUAACACCACAUUUGGAGGAAAUGUUGGCCUAGCUAUUUCACAAACUUGUGGGCUAGCUGGUCUGGUGCAAUUUGGCAUGCGACAAACAGCGGAAUUAGAAAAUCAUAUGACGUCAGUUGAAAGAGUUCUAGAAUACACAAAUGCUCCACAAGAAUGUUUGUUUGAAUCAUCUACAGAUAAAUUGCUUUCAUCAAAAUGGCCAUCAAAUGGAAGUAUUACAUUCAAAAACUUCUAUUUACGAUAUAGUCCAAAAGCACCAUAUGCAAUUAAUAACUUCAAUGUAUACAUCGAACCAAUGCAAAAAAUAGGAAUCGUUGGUAGAACAGGAGCGGGAAAGUCGUCUCUAAUUGCAGCCCUAUUUAGAUUGGCUAUAAAUGAAGGUAAUAUCAUAAUUGAUGACAUUGAAAUACAUGAAUUGGGACUAAACAUUUUGAGAUCCAAAUUCUCCAUCAUUCCUCAAGAACCAGUAUUGUUCUCUGGAACAAUGCGAACAAAUUUAGAUCCGUUUGAUAAAUACUCGGAUCAUGUUCUUUUAAAUGCAUUAGAUGAAGUCGAGCUUAAAGAUGUUGUUGAACGUUUACCUAAUGGUCUUAACACGAUAAUGUCCGAAGGUGGUUCCAAUUUCAGUAUUGGUCAAAGGCAAUUAAUAUGCCUGGCUCGAGCCAUUAUUCGAUGUAAUAAAAUUCUUGUACUGGAUGAAGCCACUGCUAACGUCGAUCCACAUACAGAUGCAUUGAUUCAAAAUACCAUCAGAAGUAAAUUCCGAACAUGUACAGUCUUAACAAUUGCACACCGUUUGAACACUGUUAUGGAUUCGGACAAAGUCCUUGUUAUGGACAAAGGAAUAAUGGUCGAGUUUGACCAUCCAUAUAAUUUAUUGCAAAAUAAGGAAGGAGCUUUUUACAAAAUGGUGGAACAAACGGGGCCGGUGACAUCUGAUUUUUUACAUAGAAUAGCUGAAGAGAGUUACAAUUCUAUAAGUUUGGUGGCGGAACCAAAAUCCGAAUCAUUUGUCAACGAUGCAGUUGAAAUUUCAACGAAAAAUGUAUAA